ACAACGAAAAGUCGACAGACGACAACGUUGAUUUGUAGCGGUAGCGGGAAAAAGAGCGAGUUGUGCUGAAAGUGAUUUGUGGUGUUAAGUGAGGGCACGUGUGUCUGAUUACUUUGUAUUGUUUUAUACAUAAAGUGUAGAGAUGGUCCAUACAGCUCAUCCCGAACUGACAGAAGAUGAAGUGGAAUUAUACGAUAGACAAAUUCGUCUUUGGGGCCUGGAAUCACAAAAGCGGUUAAGAAAUGCGAAGGUACUGCUGAUUGGUCUGAGGGGAUUUGGUGCAGAAGUGUGCAAAAACGUGGUUCUAGCAGGUGUUCGCUCCAUUACGUUGCUGGACGAUGGCAAUCUCACAGAAGAUGAGUGGGCACAAUUUUUGGCACCCAGAGAUGCUGUCGGGAAGAACAGAGCAGAGUCUUCACUGACACGAGUAAAAGGUUUGAAUCCAAUGGUGGAAGUCGUAGCAGACACAGAAGCUGUUUCAACUAAGCAGGAUGCAUACUUCACACAGUUCGAUGUCGUCGUAGCAACAGAUCUCCGACCAUGGUCUGAGGCACUGAGAAUUAAUGCUGCCUGUCGUUUAGCUGGAGUCAAGUUCCUCUGUGGUGGAGUCUGGGGUUGCUUUGGAUUCACGUUUGCCGAUUUGCUGCUCCAUGAGUAUGCAGAAGAUGUAAUUCAGCAUUCUGCAGAGAAAAAGAAAGGCGAACAAACUAAAUUAACAGUGAAAAAUACAGCAGAAUUUGUUCCAUUUCGGGAUGCUCUGGAAGUUGAUUGGCGUUCUGAGCAAUAUUCUAACAAGCUUUCUAAGAUGGAUUGUUGUUACUUUCUUAUGAAAGUGUUAAUGAAGUUUUGUGAUGAAAAAGGACGUGAAUUGAACCCCAGCAAACGAGAGGAAGAAAUUGCUGAACUUAAGUCAUUAGCAUCCGAAGAACUGAAGAAGCUCGGCGUUCGUGAUGAUAUGAUCCCUGAUAAAAUGUUUGGAUGCCUGUUCUCACAAGUGAGCCCUGUGUGUGCAAUUGUAGGUGGUGUUAUGGCUCAAGAAGUUAUAAAGACAGUUUCUCAAAAAGAACAACCACAUAACAACAUGUUCUUUUUCAAUCCAUUAAACAAUCUUGGAUAUGUUGCUUGUCUUGGCAACUGACUUUAGUUCAUAAUUCUUGUGUUUUGUGUACUUCGCAUCAACUGUUUCAGUGUUGUAUGUAAUUCAGUGACCAUUGUAAAAUUUUUCAUAAAUUAAUUUAAUAUAUGUUUUUCAUUUCUUUGGUAA